AUGGCCGAUGAUCUGAUCUCUGUCACGGAAAAGGCGUCUGGCACGCCGGCAGGCAACGUGGUAAAUAACAACAGCAAUGACACAAACAAUGGCACCAACGCACAAGCAUCGAGCGGUCGAGAGACGGCAGGCUCUAAGGGCUCUUCCUCGUCAACGUCCUCUUUCCACAAGCAGGAAACGGACGACGAAAUCAAAAAGUUGAGCCCUGUUGACGACCUGAAGCACCGUCUCUCCAUGUGGGGUGAGUCUGCUGCUACCAAGGCGCGAGAGGCCUUGUACUAUUCCCCAGACGACGAUGAGGACCUUGGAGGUGCACACGAAGAACAAGAAUACGAACUUCUCUUAGAUCCAAACCUGCCGGAAGAGUACAUCCCGUCCUUCCGCGAUCCCGAGCGCGACUCGGCCAGCUUCGACGACAACGACACCCUCGUGUCCAAAGGUAAGGGAAAGCGGACGAAGACGAAGGCUAAGUCCAAGACCACAGCCAACGGCGCCAGUGGCAGCGGCAGCGGAAGCAGCCUUGUCGAAGACGACGACGACGACGACGACGAAGAGGUCGAGGACUCGCCCUAUCCCGAGGUGCGUGCCGCCGUCCGCAACUACGACGAGGACCUGCCCUGCAAUACCGUGCGCGCUUGGGUCAUCGGCCUGACGCUAGUUGUGGUUGGCGCCUCCAUGAACACGCUCUUCUCCCUGCGCCAGCCGUCCAUCAGCAUCGGCACCCUCGUGGCCCAGAUCAUUGCCUGGCCCAUGGGCCACGCCUGGGCCCGCGUCAUGCCACGCCGCCGCUUCAACACGUUCGGCCUGCGCUGGUCCCUCAACCCGGGGCCCUUCAAUGUCAAGGAGCACUCCAUUAUUGUCGUCAUGGCCGGCGUGUCCUUCACCGUCGCCUACGCCACGGACAUUGUCCUGGCCCAGCUCGUCUUCUACAAGCAGGACUUUGGCAUCGUUUUCCAGCUGCUCAUGGUCGUGUCCUCGCAGUCCAUCGGCUACGGCAUCGCCGGCAUGAUGCGCCGCUUCUUGGUCUACCCGGCCGCCAUGAUCUGGCCAGGCAAUCUUGUUUCGGUCACGCUGAUGAACGCCAUGUACGAGGCCGCGCCCCGGCCGGACCCCACGAUCAUCGGCGGCCGCAUGCCGCGCUACCGCUGGUUUGCCUACGUGACGCUCGGCGCGUGCCUGUACUAUUUCAUCCCGGGCUACCUCGCCCAGUUCCUCAGCGUGCUGGCCAUCCCGACGUUCCUCGCGCCCAACAGCCCCAUUGUCAACCAGCUCUUUGGCGGAUCCACGGGGCUGUCGCUGCUGCCCCUGACCCUCGACUGGACGCAGAUUGCCGGCUUUGUCGGCUCGCCCUUGAUUCCGCCGUGGCACGCCAUCGCCAACACGCUGAUCGGCGUCGUGGCCUUUUUCAUCCUUACCACGUCGAUUCUGCACUACACCAACACGUGGUACGGCUUCUUCUUGCCCAUGAGCGACUCGGGAACGUACGACAACACGGGGGUGCCGUACAACGUGUCGCGCGUGUUGACGCCCCAGUUCACGCUGGACGAGGCCGCCUACAAAGCGUACUCGCCGCUGUUUCUGAGCACCACCUUUGCCAUGUCCUACGGCCUCUCGUUUGCCGCCAUCACCUCGCUCAUUGUCUACACGUACCUGCACCACAGCCGCACCAUCUGGCAGCAGUACCGCAACAGCACCACCGAGAAGCCCGACAUCCACAUGAAGCUGAUGCGCAAGUACAAGGAGGCCCCGGGCUGGUGGUACAUGGUGCUGUUUGCCGUCACGCUGGCACUCGGCUUCGUCACGAUCCUGGCCUACCCGACCAAUCUGGCCUGGUGGGCGUUUUUGCUGGCCGUCUUCAUCGCCUUUGCCUUCUCGCUGCCGAUUGGCAUCAUCCAGGCCGUCACCAACAACCAGAUCGGCCUCAACGUGCUGACCGAGUUUGUCUUUGGCUACAUCCAGCCGGGCCGCCCGCUGGCUCUAAUGCUCUUCAAGACGUACGGGUACAUCACCAUGGCCCAGGCCCUGAGCUUUGUCGGCGACCUCAAGUUUGGCCACUACAUGAAGAUCCCGCCACGCACCAUGUUCAUGGCCCAGGUCGUCGCGUCCACCUUUGCCUGCUUCAUUCAGAUUGCCGUCCUCAACUUUGCCCUCGGCAACAUUGACGGCAUCUGCGAACGCGACCAACCCGAGCACUUCUCCUGCCCCGGCGGGCGCGUCUUUUUUUCCGCCUCCGUCAUUUGGGGCCUGCUCGGCCCGGCCCGCAUGUUCUCGCCGGGCCAGAUCUACUCGAGCCUCUUUGUCUUUUUCGGCAUCGGCGCCAUCGUCCCCGUCAUCAUUUACUUUGCCGCCCGUCGCUGGCCCAAGUCGCCCCUCAAGUUCCUCAUGGCCCCGCUCAUCUUUGGCGGCUCCGGCGCCAUCCCGCCCGCCUCCCCGCUCAACUACCUGAGCUGGGGCGUCGUCGGCUUCGUCUUCCAGUAUUGGGUGCGCAAGCGCCACUUUUCCUGGUGGAGUCGCCUGAACUACCUGACAUCGUCCGGUCUGGAUCUCGGGUUGGCCCUGAGCACGCUCGUCAUCUUUUUUGCCUUUACGCUCAACAACAUUGAUCCGCCCUCCUGGUGGGGCAACAACAUUGUCGCCAGCACCAUGGAUUUCCAGGACACGGCGAUUCAGGUGGUCCUACCACCUGGGCAGACCUUUGGGCCGGCGACAUGGUAG